UUAAAAAUCCGCUACGUUUGCAGGGAAUGGGCGGAUGAGUGCGGAUAGAAGGAAGAAAACAGCGCUAUGAACCUUUGAACCGCUUUCCUUCGUAUCCUGAGAGUCACGAGACAGUCAGAAGAGCAUAAGCUCGUAAAGUAACGGUGAAAUAAAGUAGGACACAGAGAAAGCCAUGCAAGACUGGAACGACUAAACAUUGUCGACCACAGGACAGAAGGCCCCCAGCCCCCUCAACAGGUCAGCACUGCUGAGGUUUUGAACAAAACCAAGAAGUUCUGUCAGGUAAAUUCCAAGGUAAAGAUACUUCUCCGGCUUCAGAAGCUGGAACGGCAUGAUGGAAGAAGCUCAAGUCCAGAUCGAUGAUGGCAAAGAGGGAAGUUAUGAACCAGAUACACUGUACUAUCGCAUUAGGAAAAGAAUAGCUCCUUUUGUGAUGUCCUUUGGGUUUCGUGUAUUUGGAGUGGUGCUCAUCAUAGUGGACGUUGUCCUGGUCAUUGUUGACCUGUCCCUCCCUGGAGACUCUUCCGCAGUGAGAACCCCUCUGGAGGCCAUCUCGCUGGUCAUCUCCGUCUUCUUUGUCAUUGAUGUGCUGCUGAGGAUCUACGUAGAAGGAUUCAAGGUGUACUUCAGCUCCAAGCUUAACGUCAUGGAUGCAUGCAUCGUGAUCAUCACUCUGGUUGUCACUGUGGUCUAUACAUUCAGCAGUUUCUCCGGGGCAGACCUAAUUCCCAGGUUAGUAAGCAUCCUGAGGGCUUUGAGAAUAAUUAUCCUGGUACGUGUCUUUCGCCUGGCCUCUCAAAAGAAAGAGCUGGAGAAGGUCACCAGAAGAAUGGUAUCUGAGAAUAAAAGGCGGUACCAGAAGGAUGGAUUUGAUUUGGAUCUCACCUACGUUACAGACAGAGUUAUUGCCAUGUCCUUCCCUUCAUCUGGAAAGCAGGCACUCUACAGAAAUCCCAUUAAAGAAGUUGCCAGAUUCCUGGACACAAAGCAUCCGGAUCAUUACAGAGUUUACAAUCUCUGCAGCGAGAAAGGCUACGAUCCAGUGUUCUUCCAUUAUAGAAUGGAACGUGUGAUGAUCGAUGACCAUAAUGUGCCAUCAUUAGAGGACAUGCUGAGCUACACUGCCAGUGUGAGGGAGUGGAUGGCUGCAGACCCACUCAACAUCAUAGCCAUUCACUGCAAAGGAGGAAAAGGGCGUACAGGCACAAUGGUGUGUACCUGGCUGAUUGAUAGUGAUCAGUUUGAGAGUGCACAGGACAGCCUGGACUACUUUGGGGAGAGACGCACUGACAAAAGCAUGAGCUCAAAGUUUCAGGGAGUUGAAACUCCGUCUCAGAGCCGAUACGUUGGGUACUAUGAGAUCAUGAAGAACAGUUACGACCGGCAACUGCCUCCCCCUAAGAGCCUGAAAAUAAAGAGUUUGCGCAUUCACUCUAUUGCAGGUGUGGGAAAAGGUAAUGGCAGUGAUCUGAAGGUGCGGAUCAUAGUGAAGAAGGAGCAGGUGUUCCAAUGUGUCUGUGCCAAGCAGGAAAACUGUGCGCUGUUCCCAGAUGUUGGAAGCAAUGCAGUGGUGAUCAGUUUACAAGAGGGACCAGUGGUUUGUGGAGAUGUGAAGAUCAUGUUUGAAUCCAGUGCUGGUCUUCCAAAGGGAUAUGAGGACUGUCCGUUCUAUUUCUGGUUCAACACUUCUUUUGUAGAGAACAACAAGCUGUAUCUAUCAAGGGAGGAACUGGACAACCCACAUAAGUCCAAAACCUGGGACAUCUACAAGGAAGACUUUGGAGUGACCCUGUCAUUCAGUGACCCUUGAGGAGAGCUUAUGUAUAAAUCAUCCACAGCCCAGUUCCUGAAGCCUGGCAGAAGGUCCACAUUUUGUCUCAUCUAUAGAUUGCAGUUCUCCUGUAAUAGGUAUUCUCCGUUUUAAUGGUUCAGGAGUGCUGGGAACACCAAAGCCAUAGCCUUAUUGUAACUUCAUUCCCAUACCUUCUACUUACUAUAAAGACUUUUCUUUGAGCCAUGCAUAGGCCAUGCUAAUGUAUUUUUGUUUACAUCUUGUUUAAAAAAGGGAAAAUUACAAAGGGAAACAAAAGGAUGGCAUGUUUUUGUGCACAGGUAUAACGAAAGUGUUCUCCAGUUGCACAAAAUGUUGCAGUAGUGUUCGUAAUCCAGGUGUAACUCAUUAUUGAGGACCAGUAUUUUGACCUUCUGUCCAGAUUUCAAAGAUGCUCUCUCCUUGUUUAAUAUAAAUGAUCAAAUGUAGGCUUUAUCCUAAGAGGCCUCCAUUAGGCCUUCCUUACACUUACACACUGCAUAGCAUCUACAAAGUGGUGAACUCUUUAACGUUGAGUGUGCUGCAAAGGAAAAACGAUUAAACUUGCCCACUAUGGAUGAGGGAUCGAGAGAAGAAUAAAGGACAUGUGCAGAAACUUUUUGUUUAUGUACUGAGAUGUUUUGGAAUAAACGAGCAUGUCAUUGUAGAA